AUGCAGCGACACAACGAGGCGUGGCUCGCAUCGCAUCGCAUCGCAUCGCAUCGCAUCGCAUCGCAUCGCAUCGCAUCGCAUCGCAUCGCAUCGCAUCGCAUCGCAUCGCAUCGCAUCGCAUCGCAGCAAACUCACUUGCACUUGAUGCGAAUCUUUUUGCCCAAGCGAUCAUUGCACACCACUUCAAUCAUCCUGUCCGGUCGGCUCAGACGUCGCAAAGCACGGCGCCGCGCCGGUCCAGACUCACCCUCGUACCACGAACACCAACGUAUCAAGUGCCGCACCAACACACUCAUACCCGACCUUUACCUCGUCAUAUACUACUUAAACCUCUUUAUCAUCAUCACAAAAACUGAAGCCACCAACAGCCACGUCAACGUUUUCUAUCUCUCUCAAGCUCUCUCUCUCUCUCUCAAGCUCUCAAACUCUCAAGCUCUCAAGCUCUCUCUCUCUCUCUGUCAAGCUCUGUCAAGCUCUGUCAAGCUCUCUCUCUCUCUCUCUCUCUCUCUCUCAAGCUCUCUCUCUCACAAGCAAGCUCUCUCUCUCUCUCAAGCUCUCUCUCUCAAGCUCUCAAACUCUCAAGCUCUCUCUCUCAAAAACUCUCUCUCUUCAUCUCUCUCUCUCUUAAUCUCUCUUUCUCUCUCUCUGGAACUUUUGCGGCAGUGGCAAAACCAGCUUUCAGUAUCUGGAUACUCGCCAACGCGAGGUUUCGUGCCAUUGGCCUUGGUGCUGGUUGCCCUGUUCAAGAUGGCGUCGGAGGAGCAUGUUCAGUUUUUGCAGGACCUUUCCGGGCUGCCUGAGGAGCAGUGUCGCUCUAUUCUGGCCGAUAACGGCAACGACCUGCAGGUUCCCCGCCUUCUGCAAGGACAGGCAGCGAAGGUGUUUUCCGGGCCGGGCAUCUGUCAGCAGGCCUUCGCCGCCGACACGCCUCCGUCCCAAACACAGGGAGCCGAAAGUUUGCCCGAGCUCCUCUUGCGCAUGGCACUGGGGCCGGUUCGCUUCGCCAAGGAUGUGAUGGUCGUUAUUUUUCGACUGCUGGCUGCUUUCUUUGGCACGCUCUUGCCUGGCUUUGAUCUCUCGCGGCUAGGCUUUGCUGCCCCAGGCCCAUCUCGGACGGUGCAGGAGGAUCUGCGGGCUCGGCAUCCUGAUCUAUCCUUUCCCAUGAUGCUGGAAGGCAGUUUUCAAGAGGCCUCGCGUCAGAGCCGAAGUGACAUCAAAUUCCUUCUCAUCUAUCUUCACGCUGAACAACACCAGGACGUUGACGCAUUUGCGCGCACGAUCUUGGCGAGUGAUGCGCUACGCACCUUGGUCGAGGAGCGCUGUGUCAUGUACGCCGCCAAUUUGAAUUCACGCGAGGGACAUGCAGUGGCUGUGCAAGUCCGUGCCCUGGCAUUUCCGUGCCUGGCCGUCUGCCUUCACACCGAUGGCGCUCUCCAACUCUUGCACACCCAGCAAGGCUUGGCCGACCCGGACCGCGUUAUGGGAGCGCUGUUGCAGACUCUCGAUCGCUAUGAACCAGUUUUGAUCGCUGCGCGCGCCGAUCGUAUGGAAGUUCAGCAGUCUCAGGCUAUCCGUGAAGAGCAGGAUCUGGCCUAUCAACAGUCUCUGCUUGAGGAUCAACGCAAGAGCGAGGAGCGUCGCCUGGAGCAGGAGCGCGCCGAGCAGGAGGCAGCUGAGGCGGCCGCGGCCGAAGCCAAGCAGGCCCAAGCUACUCAGGAUCGUCACGCCCGCCUGGCUGCGCUGAAGGCCAAUUUUCCUGCCGAGCCGGUUAAAGGCGAUGGCGUCAUCAAAGUGGCCAUCCAGCUGCCUCAGCGCCGCGUUCAUCGGCUCUUCCGCACGUCAGACCCUACGAGCCUGAUCUACGAUUUUGUCGAUUGCCAAGAUGAGCUGGAGUCGUCGCAAUUCGGCCUGUUCACGACGCAACCCAAGCGGCGCAUUGCAAACGACCAGCAAACACUGGCGGAGCAAGACCUGACUCGCAACGUCCUCCUGCUCUGCCAUGAAGAGGGGGAGGACGAGGAAGAAGCAUAG